AUGGCGAAUCUCCCGAUCCUUCAAUUCGAAGAGAAGAUCGUGGAAACAGUUGAGAACAACCCAGUCGUGGUCAUCAUCGGAGAAACCGGUUCCGGAAAGAGCACUCAGCUCUCUCAGAUCCUCCAUCGACACGGCUACACUAAGUCCGGCGUCAUCGCCGUCACUCAGCCCCGUCGUGUCGCCGCCGUUUCCGUCGCCAGGCGAGUUGCGCAGGAGCUUGAUGUAAACCUAGGAGAAGACGUUGGUUACGCUAUACGUUUCGAAGAUAGAACAUCGAGCAAAACACGCAUCAAGUACCUCACAGAUGGAGUUUUACUCCGUGAGAGCCUCUCCAAUCCAAUGCUUGAUGAUUAUUCUGUGAUUAUAUUAGAUGAAGCUCACGAGAGGAGUUUAAACACGGAUAUUCUGUUGGGUCUAAUGAAGCGUUUGGUUAGAAUCCGUUCGUCUAACUUCAAAGUCCUUAUAACCUCUGCAACGCUUGACGGCGAAAAGGUUUCUCGAUUCUUUUCGGGAUGCCCUGUGCUUAAUGUACCUGGGAAGUUAUACCCUGUGGAGAUAUUGUACAGCAAAGAGCGUCCCGGCAGUUAUAUUGAGUCGUCUCUCAAAGUAGCUAUUGAUAUACAUGUUCGUGAGCCAGAAGGUGAUAUCUUGAUCUUUAUGACUGGACAGGAUGAUAUAGAAAAAUUAGUAUCAAAGCUGGAGGAAAAAGUGAGAAGCUUAGCAGAGGGAUCAUGUAUGGAUGCUAUUAUUUAUCCUCUUCAUGGAUCUCUGCCACCUGAGAUGCAGGUUCGUGUGUUUAGUCCACCUCCUCCAAACUGCCGGAGGUUUAUUGUUGCUACAAAUAUUGCUGAAACUUCCCUUACUGUGGACGGAGUUGUGUAUGUUAUUGAUUCGGGGUAUGUGAAGCAAAGACAAUAUAACCCAUCAAGUGGAAUGUACUCUCUUGAUGUUACUCAAAUUAGCAAAGUUCAAGCUAACCAACGUGCUGGACGUGCUGGUAGAACUAGACCUGGGAAAUGUUACCGAUUAUACCCCUUGGCAGUCUACAGAGAUGAUCUCCUUGAUGCAACGAUUCCUGAAAUACAACGAACUUCCCUUGCUGGAAGUGUUCUUUACUUGAAAUCGUUGGAUCUUCCUGAUAUUGACAUUCUCAAGUUCGAUUUUCUUGACGCUCCAUCAUCUGAGUCAUUAGAAGAUGCAUUGAAGCAGUUGUAUCUCAUUGACGCAAUUGAUGAGAAUGGAGCAAUAACAAAUAUUGGAAGGACGAUGUCAGAGCUUCCACUAGAGCCAUCAUUGUCAAGGACAUUGAUAGAAGCAAAUGAAAGUGGUUGCUUAUCUCAAGCUCUAACAGUCGUUGCUAUGUUGUCAGCAGAGACUACUCUACUUCCUGGUAGGAGUAAACCAAAUGAAAAGAAGAGAAAGCGUGAUGAAGAAUCUAAUCUUCCUGAUGGAUCCGGAUUUGGUGACCACAUUCAACUACUACAGAUUUUUGAAUGUUGGGACAGUAAUAAUUAUGAUAUUCGAUGGUGCAAAGAAAAUGACCUGCAGGUGCGUGGGAUGGUGUUUGUCAGAGAUGUUAGACGACAAUUAUGUCAGAUUAUGCAGAAAAUAUCCAAAGAUCGAUUGGAAGUUGGAGCACGUGGGAGGAAGAGCUCAAGCCGAGAGGAGUACAGGAAGUUGAGGAAAGCUCUAUGUGUGGGGAAUGCAAACCAAGUUGCUGAGAGAAUGCUUCGUCAUAAUGGAUUCCGAACUCUUACCUUCAAGCCCCAGCUAGUCCAGGUGCAUCCAGCAUCAGUGCUGAGUACCGACCAGGAUGGAAUGUUGCCAAAUUAUGUAGUGUACCACGAACUGAUAUCCACCACACGACCAUUCAUGCGCAAUGUUUGUUCAGUUGAAAUGUCAUGGGUGGCUCCCAUCAAAAGAAAGAUUGAGAAAUUAAAUGUCAGAAAACUGAGUGGUGGACCUGAUAACUCUUUCAAGGAACCUGAAGAGAAGAAGAGCACGGAGUUGUCUACGAACACCAACACUGCAGAAACACCUACAGUUUCUGAAAAUGUCGAGAGUAGAAUUGAAGCAGCCAGAGAACGCUUUCUUGCUCGUAAAGGACAGAAAUAAAUAGUAGCUGUAAACAGAACCUCGAUCAGAAUUUAAAAUCUUUGACUUAGCUCAAUUUUUAAAAAAUUUUAAGAAAAGAAGAGUUUACUUUUUUUU